GCUUCACUACGGCGAGUCUACACUUACAUAUCAAACAAUUGCCUCCGUUAAACAAACCUCACAACACAAAUGCCGAAUCUUUGCGUCUCGUGCACGUUCAACCCUCCUACCAUUACGGUGCUGGGCUCGACGAUUCGUGAAGACACAGUCCGUGCAAUGGAGGCGCAGAUUCCUCUUGCGACGUCUACCGCGGUGAACCCCAGCAAAGACCCCGCCAAAUUUGUGUUUUUCUCCAGCCCCGACCACUGGCGCAUGGAGCUCCAGCAACACUUUUGUGAUGAACUUCACAAGUCUUCUAUUUUCAUGGCCAUUAUCCAGGCUUUGGAAGAAGAGGGCUGGCGGCUCCGUGCGUCGAACAGCGUCACGCAUACCGAAAAUGAUCGUGACACCACAAAACUCUUUUUCGCCCGCGCAUAG